GAGAGCUUUGCAGUCUCUUCGCGUCGUUAAGACUGGAAAUACUACACGCUUAAAAAGGCUCGAGAUACUGGAAAUAAAUGAUCGAUUAGUUAUUGAUUUCCCAUGUUAAAAGAUCUAAGCUGUCAAGACGGCUGUAAACUUUGUAAUGGGGACAACGGACUCUCGGCGAUUCGGUGUGUUUUUAUCUUUGUUUUUUCCGGUAUACCGUUAUUUAUUCUAAGGCAGGAUGAAAUAUGAAGUAUCGACAGUGAAGAUAAGGGUAUUAAUUCAAGCAAAAUAAGCGUAGCCUACAAGCAGAAGCGUCUUGCGAGAGCAGAAGAAGGGCUCGCCUCUCUCUCGUCUCAAAUCACAGAAGAAGAAAAAAAUCAGGGGAGAUAUAUGAACGCUUGUUCAGAGAAACUGUUUUUAAAGGUAUUUUCGUUCAUUCUUGUUGCUCUUUUGGUGUAAAAAUAUUUCAACUAAAAUUCUCUAACCCCGCCGUCCGCAUGAGAUGGUUCAGUCCAGCUGCAGAAGCGGAGUCUCAAUGCAUUGGGAUUUUUCUCAGCGCCGACACAAAGUGAAUCUUCCUUUUAAAACCAUCUGAUAACGUGCCUGCCAAAAAUCCUGCCAUGAGCGCCGCUUUGAAUUCUGACGGAACGGGACUAGUAAGGACAGCAUGCAGAUGCGCAUAUAGCGGGGCGAGGAAACUGGACGGACUAGGGAUUUUUGCGCUAAUGAAGGUGGGAGUACAAGCGCACUACUGGAGCCGGGUUCUCUUCUUGUAUAUGGGGUUGCUGGCUGCAUCGGUAAAGGCUCAGAACUGCAGCUACACGUUACACAGUCUAAAUGGGACGAUCGAGAGCCCAGGAUACCCAUACGGAUAUCCCAACUAUGCCAACUGCACAUGGGUGAUCGUCACUCAGGACCACAACCGAAUACAGCUGGUGUUCCAGGGGUUCGCUCUAGAGGAAGACUUUGACAUCCUCUCGGUCUACGAUGGACAGCUCAGCCCCAGUAACCUACGAACACGGUUGACGGGGUUCCAGCUCCCGGCCCCCAUCAUCAGCACGGGCCCCAGGCUCACACUGUGGCUCCUGUCGGACUACGCGGUCAGUGGGCAGGGCUUCAAAGCCGCAUUUGACGCCCUGCCCAGUUACACCUGCGGGAACCCGGGUCAGCUCCAAAAUGGCCUGCAGCAAGGCUCCACCUUCAACAUCGGAGAAAAGAUUCGGUACAGCUGCAGUGCCGGGUACGUGCUGGAAGGACACACCGUCCUGUCCUGCCUGGCCACCUCUACUGGGACCGCUGCCUGGGACUUCCCCCUGCCCUACUGUCGAGCUGAUGACGGGUGUGGAGGGACACUGAGGGGUCAGAGCGGUGUCAUCACCAGCCCAAACUACCCCCAGGACUACAACAACAACGCGGACUGCACCUGGACAGUCCUGGCCGAGCCGGGGGACACCAUCGCUCUGGUCUUCUCCGACUUCCAGCUAGAAGAGGACUACGACGUCCUGGAGAUCAGCGGCACAGAGGGAUCCUCGCAGUGGUUCACAGGCCCAAACCUCCCAUCUCCCAUCAUUAGCAGUAAAAACUGGCUGAGGCUCCACUUCACCUCAGAUGGGAACCAUAAACUGAGAGGCUUCAGUGCGCAGUACCAAGUGAAGAAAAUGUCAGAGUUGAAGUCAAGAGGAGUCAAGAUGCUUCCCAGCAAGGACAACCACCAAAAAAUCUCUGUCUUGUCACAGAUGGGUGUGGCACAGGGACACAACAUGUGUCCGGAUCCGGGGAUCCCGGAACGGGGGAAGAGAAAGGGCUCCGACUUCAGGAGAGGGUCGACGGUGCACUUCUCCUGCGACGAGGGCUACGAGCUCCAGGGCUCCAAGAGCAUCACCUGUCUGCGCGUGACGGACAGCUACGUGGGCUGGAGCGACGACCGGCCCAUCUGCAGGGCACCCAUGUGUGGUGGACAGCUCCGUGGUCCCAGUGGCAUCAUCACUUCACCCAACUUCCCUGUCCAGUACGACAACAACGCCAACUGCACCUGGAUUAUCACGACGGCUGACCCCUCCAAGGUGAUCAAGCUGACUUUUGAGGACUUCGACCUGGAGAGAGGCUACGACACACUGACUGUGGGGGACGGAGCAUCAAUUGGAGAUCAGAAGACAGUCUUUCAUGUGCUAUCCGGAACCAGCACACCAGACCUUGUGGUCAGCACCAGUAACCAGAUGUGGCUCAACUUUAAGACCGAUGACACAAGUGGCUCGCUGGGAUUCAAAGUCUCUUACGAAGAAAUCGAUCAGGGCAGCUGUGGAGACCCAGGCAUCCCUGCCUAUGGCAAGCGAGAAGGGUCAGGCUUCCGUCACGGGGACAGGCUGCAUUUUGAGUGUCUCCCAGCCUUUGAGCUUGUUGGGAAAAAGAACAUCACCUGUCAGAAGAACAACCAGUGGUCGGCCAAGAAGCCCGGCUGCGUAUUCUCCUGCUUUUUCAACUUUACCACCCCGUCGGGCAUUCUCCUGUCGCCGAACUACCCUCAGGAGUACGGGAACAACAUGCACUGCGUGUGGCUCAUCAUCACCAAGCCAGAGAGCCGCAUCAACCUGGCCUUCAACGACCUCAGCAUGGAGAAGCAGUUCGACUUCCUGUCUGUGAAGGAUGGGGGCAAGGCUGAGUCGCCCAUCUUGGGCACCUUCUCUGGCGACGUGCUGCCCUCACCCAUCACCACCAGUGCCCACGUGGCAAGGCUGGAGUUCCUGACUGACCACACCAACACUGACAGAGGAUUCAACAUUACAUUCACCACAUUCCGGCACAACGAGUGCCCCGACCCGGGCGUCCCUGUCAAUGGGAAGCGCUUUGGAGAGAGCCUGCAGCUGGGCAGCUCCAUGUCCUUCCUGUGCGAGGAGGGCUUCGUGAAGACGCACGGCUCCCUCACCAUCUCCUGCAUCCUUAAGGACGGGAACGUGGUGUGGGACAACGCCGUGCCGCGCUGCGAAGCACCCUGUGGAGGGGACCUCAAGGCCCCCAGUGGGAUCAUCCUGUCCCCAGGGUGGCCAGAGCUCUAUAAGGAGGCUUUGAACUGUGAGUGGGUCAUCGAGGCACCACCUGGGUACCCUAUCAAGAUCAUCUUCGACAAGUUCCGGACAGAGGUGAACUACGAUAUUUUGGAGGUGCGCGACGGGCGAUUCCCCUCGUCCCCCUUGAUUGGCAGCUACCAGGGCACCCAGGUGCCGCAGUUCCUCAUCAGCACCUCCAACUUCCUGUACCUGCUUUUCUCGACCGACAAGAGCCAGUCCGACAUUGGGUUUCGCAUCCGUUAUGAGACGGUGCAGCUGCAGUCCGAUCACUGCGUGGACCCAGGCAUCCCUGUGAAUGGCCAGCGGCAUGGCAACGACUUCUAUGUGGGCGCCCUGGUGACGUUCAGCUGUGACUCGGGGUACAGCUUGAGUGACAGCGAGCCCCUUGAGUGUGAGCCCAACUUCCAGUGGAGCCGCCCCCUCCCCAGCUGUGACGCUCUCUGUGGAGGAUACAUCCAAGGAAACGCAGGAACCAUCCUUUCCCCCGGCUUCCCUGACUUCUACCCCCACAAUCUCAACUGUACCUGGAUCAUUGAGACUUCACAUGGUAAAGGUGUGCAGUUCACCUUUCACACCUUCCAUCUGGAGAGCCCGCACGACCACUUGCUGGUGACGGAGAACGGCAGCUUCUCCGAGCCGCUGUGGAGGCUCACGGGCUCCACGCUGCCCCCUCCGCUCAGCGCCGGCCUGUUCGGCAACUUCACCGCCCAGAUCCGCUUCCUCUCCGACUUCUCCGUGUCCUACGAGGGCUUCAACAUCACCUUCUCUGAAUAUGAUUUAGAGCCUUGUGAGGACCCUGGCGUGCCCCCGUUCAGCACACGCAAGGGCCUGCAGUACGGAGUGGGGGACACUCUCAUCUUCUCCUGCUUCCCGGGGUAUCGGCUGGAGGGGCCGCCCAGGGUCACGUGUCUGGGGGGGCGGCGGCGGGUGUGGAGCUCCCCUCUGCCAAGGUGUGUGGCUGAGUGUGGCUCCUCAGUGACUGGCACCCAAGGGGUCCUUCUCUCACCGAACUACCCGGCCUACUACGGGAACAACCAUGAGUGCAUCUACUCCAUCCAGACCCAGCCGGGCAAGGGCAUCCAGCUGCGGGCUCGAGACUUCCACCUGGAGGAGGACGACACGCUCAAGGUGUUCGACGGCAACAGUAACCGCGCUCGUCUGCUGGGCUCCUUCACGAGCACGGAGCUGCUGGACACAACACUCAACAGCACGUCCAGCUCACUGUGGCUGGAGUUCAUCAGCAAUGCAGAGAACACCAGCAAAGGGUUCGAGCUGCACUUUACAAGCUUUGAGCUGGUGAAGUGCGAGGACCCCGGAGUGCCCCAGUUUGGCUACAAGAAGGAGGACAAGGGCCACUUUGCGGGCAGCGCGGUGUCCUACAGCUGCAACCCGGGAUACAGUCUGAAGGGAAGCGAGGUGCUGACGUGCCUCAGGGGAGAGAGGCGGGCCUGGGACAGCCCCCUCCCCCUCUGCGUAGCUGAGUGCGGAGGUGUGAUGAAAGAUGAGCUCAGCGGGCGUAUACUGUCCCCUGGCUACCCGGCCCCUUACGAUCACAACCUGCACUGCAUUUGGACUAUUGAGGCAGCCUCCGGAAGCACCAUCGGGCUGCACUUCCUGGUCUUUCACACGGAGGAGGUGCACGACGUGUUGCGCAUUUGGGACGGUCCCCAGGAGGGCGGGGUCCUGCUUCGGGAGCUGAGCGGUUCUGUCCUGCCUCCGGACACCCACAGCACCUUCAACUCCAUUAGCAUGCAGUUCACCACUGACUUCUUCACCAGCAAGCAAGGCUUUGCCAUACAGUUCUCCGUUUCCACUGCUACUUCCUGUAAUGACCCGGGCACGCCCACCAACGGAACACGCAGUGGAGACAGCAGGGAGCCGGGCGACCGUGUGGUGUUCCAGUGUGAUCCUGGGUACGUCCUACAGGGGGCGACCAAAAUCACCUGCACAGAAAUCAACAGCCGCUUCUUCUGGCAGCCCGACCCACCUACCUGUAUAGCACCAUGUGGGGGAAACCUGACGGGUCCCAGUGGGCUGAUCCUUUCCCCAGAAUACCCUGAGCCCUACCCCCACGGCCGCGAGUGUGACUGGACCGUUACUGUGACACCCGACUAUGUCAUCGCGCUCAACUUCAACCAGUUCAGCCUUGAGCCCAGCUAUGACUUCCUGCACAUCUACGAUGGGCCGGACUCCCUCAGUCCACUUCUUGGCAGUUAUUACGGGAUCGAUGUCCCAGAUCGGAUUGAGAGCAGCUCCAACACACUGUUCCUGGCCUUCCGUAGCGACGCUUCCCUCAGCAGCAAUGGCUUCGUCCUACAGUACACAGAGAAUCCAAGAGAAUCAUGUUUUGAGCCAGGCCCAGUCCGAAAUGGAACUCGUGUCGGUACUGACCUGAAGCUGGGGUCCACCAUAACCUUCUACUGUGACAGCGGUUACAUCAUUGAGGGAGACUCUGCCCUCACCUGUAUCAUGGGGGGUGACGGAAAGCCCAGCUGGAACAAACCACGGCCGACCUGCAUUGCUCCAUGUGGUGGACAGUACUCUGGGAUGGAAGGUGUGGUGUUAUCCCCUGGUUACCCUGGUAACUACAGCCGAGGCAGGACUUGCCAUUAUUCUGUUGUCGUACCAAAGGACUACGUGGUGUUUGGCCAGUUCGCAUUCUUCCAGACGGCCCUGAAUGAUGUGGUGGAGGUGUACGAUGGAGCCACACAGAACUCCCGUGUUCUAAGCUCGCUCUCUGGGGCACACACUGGCGAAUCCCUACCCCUGGCAACCUCCAACCAAAUCCUCAUCCGAUUCAACUCGAAAGGCCAGGUUACUUCCAGAGGGUUCCACCUCGUCUAUCAAGCGGUUCCCCGCACCAGCGCCACCCAGUGCAGCUCGGUCCCGGAGCCUCGCUACGGCAAGCGCCAGGGGAACAACUUCUCCGUGGGCGCGGUCAUCCGCUUCGAGUGCGACUCGGGCUACGUGCUGGAGGGGGCCAGUGCCAUCGAAUGCCUGACUGUCCCCAAUGCGCUGGCACAGUGGAACAGCACCAUCCCCAGCUGUGUCGUUCCCUGUGGGGGAAAUCUAACCCAGCGGACUGGAACCAUCUUGUCUCCAGGCUUUCCUGACCCAUACCUGAACAGUCUGAACUGUGUGUGGAAGAUCACUGUGCCGGAAGGUUCUGGCAUUCAGAUCCAGGUGAUCAGCUUCAUGACAGAGCAGAACUGGGACUCACUGGAGGUGUUUGAUGGAGGCGAUAACACUGAUACCAUGCUGGGCAGUUUCUCGGGCACAACUGUUCCAGCACUGUUGAACAGCACAUCCAACCAACUGUACCUGCAUUUCUUCUCUGACAUCAGUGUGUCUGCAGCUGGCUUCCGGUUGGAGUACAAGACGGUGUCUCUCACAAGCUGUCCCGAGCCUGUCGUUCCCAUGAAUGGGAUGAAGGUUGGCGACCGCCUGCAGAUGAACAAUGUGGUGUCAUUUCAAUGCGAGCCAGGCUACACCCUGCAGGGAAACUCUCACAUCUCCUGCAUGCCGGGCACUGUCAGGCGCUGGAAUUUCCCACCUCCACUCUGCAUCGCUCAGUGUGGUGGUGUCCGGGAAGAAAUGGAGGGCAUGAUCCUGAGUCCUGGUUUCCCAGGAAACUACCCGAGCAACAGCGACUGCACCUGGAGGAUCUACCUGCCUGUCGGAUAUGGUGCACAUUUGCAGUUUCUAAACUUCUCCACUGAGGCCAAUCACGAUUUCCUGGAGAUCCGCAAUGGCCCCUUCGAGACCAGCUCCAUUAUUGGUCGCUUCAGCGGGCAGGAAGUUCCCUCCUCCCUCCUCACCACCUCGCAUGAGACCACAGUCUACUUCCACAGUGACCACUCCCAGAACAAGCCAGGCUUUCGCUUCGAGUACCAAGCCUAUGAGCUUCAAGAGUGCCCUGACCCAGAGCCUUUUCGAUACGGGGUGGUGGUGGGUGCCGGGUAUAACGUAGGCCAGUCCAUCUCUUUCGAGUGCCAGCCAGGAUAUCAGCUCAUGGGCCACGCCAUCCUCACGUGCCAGCAUGGCACCACCCGCAACUGGGACAACCCCUUCCCUCGGUGUGAAGUGCCCUGUGGGGGUAACAUCACUUCGGAGAACGGGACCAUCUUCUCGCCCGGGUACCCCGAGGAGUACCCCAGCUCCACCGACUGCACCUGGCUGAUCACAGUGGCCCCCGGCCUCGGGGUCAGCCUCAACUUCACCCUGCUCCAGGUCCACGGGCCGCACGACUUCAUCACCAUCUGGGACGGCCCCCAGGAGUCAGCCCGCAAACUGGGCGUGUUCACCGAGGGCGAGCCAGCCGGCUCCACAAGCAGCACCUCCAAUCAGGUGCUGGUGCGCUUCCGUAGCGACUCGGAAAAAGGAGGGCUGUUCAAAAUCAAUUACCAAGCCUACCGACUUCAAUUCUGCCUCCCCCCUCCAAUCAUACCCCACGCGGAAAUCCUGAUGGCGAGCAAGGAGUUUAAAAUAGGGGACAUUGUGCGUUACAGGUGCCUUCCCGGGUACCAGCUCAGCGGAAACGACAUCCUCUCCUGUCGGUUUGGGACCCAUCUUGAGUUUGAAGGACCACCGCCGUCAUGCGAAGUGACAUGUCCCAUGAACGAGGUGCUGACAGAUUCUACGGGCGUGAUCAUGAGCCAGACGACGGGUGGAGGGUUUCCUCACUUUGAGACCUGCUCCUGGGUUGUGAAGGUGGAGCCAGGCUACAACAUCUCCCUCACCAUCGAGCACUUCCAGACAAACAGGCAGUUUGAUGAGCUGGAGGUCUUUGAUGGUCCCUCUAGGCAAAACCCACUUCUCAUCACGCUGAGUGGAAACUACUCCUCCCCCCUCACCAUCACCAGCUCCUCCAAUAAGGUCUACCUGCAUUGGUCCUCUGACCACGCCUCCAGCCAAAAGGGUUUCCGGAUUCGCUACUCAGCCUCCUACUGCAGCCCGCCCAACGCCCCCGCCAACGGCUCGGUCCACAGCCAGACGGGCACCAAGCUGGGCAGCACCCUGCGCUUCAGCUGCGACCAGGGCUUCCGCCUCAUUGGCCAGAGCAGCGCCACCUGUACCCGCACCCCUCUGGGCCUGUACCAGUGGAACGCCCCGGUCCCGCUCUGCCAAGUGGUGUCCUGUGGCAUCCCAGCGUCUCCUGUAAAUGGUACCGUAACGGGUCGGGAUUACACCUUGGGCUCCAGGGCCAUCUAUCAGUGUAACCCCGGCUUCCAGCUGCCAGCCUCCCACGCCGUGUCCAUCAUCUGCCAGGAGAACGGGAGGUGGACCCCCCCUGACACUCCGCCCCGCUGCACGCCGGUUACAUGCCCCGAUCUCGGCCACUCAGCAGUAGACCAUGGCAGGUGGAGGCUGAUCUUUGGAACGCCGAAUCAAUAUGAUGCCAUAAUGAUGCUGAUCUGUGACCCCGGCUACUACUACAGGGGUCAGCGAGUCAUCCGUUGCCAGGCCAACGGAACUUGGGACUACCCAGAUCCUCACCCUGUUUGUGAUAUUAUUUCCUGUGGGGAGCUGGGCACCCCUCCAAACGGGAAUAAGAUCGGAACCCUGACCGUGUACGGGGCCACGGCCAUCUUCUCCUGCAACACGGGAUACACGCUGGUGGGCUCCAGGGUCAGGGAGUGCAUGUCCAAUGGGCUCUGGAGCGGAACUCAGGUCCAGUGUCUUGCUGGGCACUGCGGCACGCCUGAGCCCAUCGUGAAUGGGCAGGUCAUCGGGGAGAACUAUAACUACCGAGGCAGCGUGGUGUACCAGUGCAGCCCGGGGUUCCGACUCAUCGGCGUGUCUGUGCGGAUCUGUGAGCAGGACCACCGCUGGUCCGGGAAGACCCCAGUGUGUGUCCCAAUCACUUGUGGCCACCCGGGAAAUCCCACCAACGGCAUGACUCAGGGCACUCAGUUCAACCUCAACGACAUUGUGCGCUUCAUCUGCAACACGGGCUACGUGCUGCAGGGCGCUGGCAAAUCUCAGUGCCAGCCCAACGGGCAGUGGAGCAACAGCUUGCCAACAUGUAAAAUUGUGAACUGUACUGACCCCGGCCACGUGGAGAACAGCGUUCGGCAGGUCAUACCCAGUGGCCCCCACCGCUUCAGCUUCCAGACCACCGUGUCCUACAGCUGUAAUCCCGGCUACUACCUUCUGGGCACUGGCGCACUGGCCUGCCAAGGGGACGGAACAUGGGAUCGCUCCCUCCCCAAGUGCCUAUUGACUCUGUGCGAUCGCCCCAGCAUGCCCCCCUACGCCCAGAUUUCGGGGGAUCGGCGCACCGUGGGCGCGGUGAUCCGGUUCAGCUGCAUCGGACAGCGCUCCGUUGUGGGGAACACCACGCGGAUGUGCCAGCUGGACGGGCACUGGAGCGGGUCGCUGCCACAUUGCUCCGGAGAGUCCCUGGGCCUUUGCGGAGACCCCGGGGUGCCUGUGCACGGUAUCCGCCUGGGAGAGGAGUUCUCCGUGAGCAGCGUGGUGCGCUUCAGCUGCGAGCCCGGAUACGCGCUGAAGGGAUCGUCAGAGAGGUCCUGCCUGGCCAAUGGGACGUGGACGGGGACUCAACCUGAAUGCCAUGUGGUGUCCUGUGGAAACCCUGGAACUCCACGUAACGCUCAGGUUCUGUUUCAUGACGGCGUAGUGUUCUCCCGCUCCAUCACCUACUCCUGCCGCGAGGGUUACUACUCCACUGGACUCCUGACCCGCCACUGCACAGUCAACGGCACCUGGACCGGUACCAUGCCAGAGUGCACAGUAAUCAACUGUGGGGACCCAGGGGUGCCAGCCAAUGGCGUGAGGCUAGGGAACGACUUCAUUUACAGCCACACCGUGACGUUCCAAUGCUCUCCUGGAUACACCAUGGACGCCGACCGCGCCUCCAGCCUGGUCUGCACCAAAGACCGCACCUGGAACGGGACCAAGCCCAUGUGCAGAGCCAUCGUGUGCGGGUCCCCGCCCCCCAUACCGAACGGGAGGGUGGUGGGCACAGACUUCCAGUGGGGUUCCAGCGUGAGCUACGCCUGCAUCGAGGGGUACCAGCUGUCCCUGCCCGCCGUGCUCACCUGCCAGGGCAGUGGAAACUGGAGCGGAGAGAGGCCCCAGUGUUUCCCGGUGUUCUGCGGAGACCCGGGGAUUCCCUCGGACGGCCGGAGGGAGGACCGGGGGUUCACCUACCUCUCCUCGGUGGCCUUCUCCUGCUUUCCUCCGCUGGUCCUGGUGGGCUCCGCCCGACGCUACUGCCAGUCCGACGGGACCUGGAGCGGGACACAGCCCUCCUGCAUAGAUCCCAGCCACACAAGCUGUGUGGACCCCGGGGUCCCUUUGUUUGGACAGCAGAACAACACACAGGGUUUUCAGAUUGGCAGCACCCUGUUCUUCAGCUGUAGGAAAGGCUACCUGCUCCAGGGGUCUAUCUCCCGCACCUGUCUGCCCAACCUGACCUGGAGCGGCAUGCAGCCCGAGUGCAUCGCGCACCACUGCAGCCAGCCCGAGCUCCCCGCGCAGGCCGACGUGAGCGCCAUCGAGCUGCCCUCCCUGGGCUACACCCUCAUCUACGCCUGCCAGCCGGGGUUCUACCUCGCCGGCGGCUCGGAGCACCGGACCUGCCGGGCGGACGGGAGCUGGACCGGGAAGCCCCCGCAGUGCGCUGCUGAUAACAGACCAAAAACCAUCGGGACCGUGCAAGAGCCUCCCAAUGCCAAGCUCCCAGUGCCAGGUGGAGUCUUUGUGAAGAAUUCUCUGUGGCGCGGGUCUUAUGAGUACCUGGGGAAGAAGCAACCAGCCAUGUUGAGCAUUACAGCGUUCGAGCCCAUCAACAACCGCGUCAACGGAACGCUCAUCGACCACAGUGGGGUGGAGCUCAAACUGGCAGGGAUCUAUAAAAAGGAGGAGGCCCACCUUCUGCUCCAGGUGCACCAGAUUCGAGGGCCAGUAGAAAUCUUUGUCAACAAGUUCAAGAGUGAGAACUGGGCAUUGGACGGACAUGUAUCAUAUAUGGCUUCAACCAAUUCUUUUGUGUACCAAGGAUUUGUCAGAGGGAAAGGAUUUGGACAAUUUGGUCUUCAGAGGCUAGAUACAGAGAGUCUGGACCCAAACAGAGAAAACCCUGGCUACAACUUUGCAUCCAACAGCAGCUCAGUGGCCGCAGCCAUCCUAGUGCCUUUCAUAGCCAUGAUCAUUGCAGGAUUCGCGCUGUACCUCUAUAAACACAGGAGAAGACCCAAAGUUCCCUUCAACGGCUAUGCAGGCCAUGAGAACACCAACGGCAGGGCGACUUUCGAGAACCCCAUGUAUGACCGCAACAUCCAGCCCACAGACAUCAUGGCCAACGAGACAGAGUUCACCGUCAGCACAGUGUGUACGGCGGUAUAGCAUCCAUUCUCUCCCUCGGUCAUAUGUGCUUCACUCUCUUCAGAAGUGGAAACUGUCACAUGCCUUCAUACAAACUGCCUCUCCCCCUCUCACACCCCGCUGCUUGCAUGGGUCAGGCUGCUGCUGGUGGAAACCUCCUUUUUACUUACGGCUGAAAGAGAAGACGGGUUGAGGUGAGGAGUAACAAAGUGGUGAAAGGAGUCUUUUUGAAACAGCGGCUCUCGGCAACAGAGGAAACAAAACGAAAACUGACACCGAAAAAAAACUAAAACAAGGAGGAAUGACUUUAAGCGUCCUCAUAUCACGGCGUGGUGGAUAAACAAUGUUUAGCUCUUCGCCCUUGAACAUGGAAAUGCAAGGGUGAUCCCUCUUCAGACUGUGGUAUACAGCGGCCUUGCACAUUUACAGGCUCUCCUCAUCCUCACACGGCUAUCUGCUCUACAGAACCAGCUCCACAUAGAAGAAGCUUCCUCCAGACAGCCAGCACUCUGGUUCAUUUAUUUAUUUUUUUGCUCUUUAAGAAGCGAAAGGUCUGCUUUUUACACAGGAAGUGUCUUGGAUGGCCUUUCUGAGACAAACUGAUUAUUUUAUUUAUUAUUAUUAUUAUUAUUAUUAUUAUUAAUAUUAUGUUUUUGCUUUUUUUUGUAUGUCUCGCUUUUUACCCUGAUUUUAUCCCCCCAAAAUGAUUACCUGAAGGCACAUAGUACUGUCCCUAGUGCAAUGAGCAGGAAGAUUGUUUUGAAAAUUCUGAAGUAGCAUACAUUCUGUUAUGCCCAGCAUCUCCUUUCUGAAGGAGGGGCUGUGCAAUUAUUGGCAAGGAAUAGAUGACAGAGAUAAUGGUUAGAAAUAGUGGGGCUCCCAGGCAAUUCCAUCAGGAGAGAAUAUUUAAGGAUUUAUGAUUGUUGUGUGCUGUGUGUUAAUGAAAAUGUGUGUGUGUGUGUGUGUGCGUGUGCGUGUGUGUGUUUAGUGAAAAGAAGAAGAGCCAAACAUAUAAUUUGAACAUGCAGUGUUCACGUUGGCAGAUCUUGUCACGGAAGAACCCGAGGGGUGAAAUGACAAUUCAUUUCAUUUUAUUCUGUACUUCUAUCACUCACUCGUGAGGAGCCUUUCGUUUUGGGAGGGCACGGAGUUGAAUCCUUGAGGAGGAUAUUAAGUUCUUUCUCACAGCCCUGUGUGAGUUUCAGUGGAGCGGAGGUAGGUGCUUUGCCCCAAGGAAAUUCUACCUGCAAGCUGUUUGUCUCUCACAAACAGCACAUAACCUGAUUCUGCACAGACUGCUCUGCUGACAAAAUCCGUUGGUGGAUUCUCAGAAUUCAUAAUGCCCUGAUAUGUCGCACGUGCAGCUGAGAACAUUGGACUUAUUACCCGAAUAGUUCCUCUGGUUUUAUAACGAUAACACAGUUUGUACGGCUUGUAUUUCACCAUGUUAACGUUCGACACAUGAAGAGGACUGGUGUCACGCCAAGCUAUUUUAUAGGGCGUGGCCAACGAGUCCCUUUCAGCUUUACAUCCUAUGGCCGAGAACCCGAUGACCCCUCGAGACUAUCUGGCGUGUGAAGGGAGACGGCUCUCUCUGAGGUGCUCAACACUAAAUCAACGAACAGAAGGCUAGUCACUGCCUCCACGUCCCACUGACACUGAUAUUGGAGGCGGUUGGAGUGGAGACGAUGGGAUUUAAAAGGACCUGUCAGUUCUGAUUACAGAAUUUGCCCUGUCAUGUCGGACAAGGGCGAGGUGCACCGUGAAAGUCGAUGUCAUUUCACAGUCUGUGACCCUUUCAUGCAGACACCGUUCUUUGUCCGCGAGGGCCUUGUUGUACACGUAUACAGAGCAUUAUUUUCUCCAGCAUGGAGGCUAUCACCAAUGUAUUAAAUAGAGAUGCAGAGAAUGAGAAAGAGUGCGGAAGUACGGUGCAGGGCUUGUGUCUGUGCACUAGCGUCUCUCAUCGCUCACGUCUGACAGAUAUUAUAGUCACGUGAAAGAUUUCAGCCACCUGACAGUUUUCUCACAUCUACCAACAACAACAAAAAAAGGAAUCAAAAAAUGUAUUUAAAAAAAUAAAAGAAAUCAUACAUCUAAACACAAGAUUGUAUCUCUGUGGAGAGAAGGUUUAAAAUUGCAACUGCGUACAAAUGUAAGACUUUGACUUUUGGGUUUACUUGAGCAUGUCAUUCAUAUUGUAAACAAGGUUUGCAGAUUGGUGGCAGCAGGAGAGAUCUUGACUCUGCAAUUAGCACUUCCACGCUAUUCAAUUGGAAAUUAUGAAGGAGAUGACACAAAACCAUGUUUAUGUUGUGGUUUAUCUGCCUCUCAUCAAACCACUAAAUUUAUAAUGGUGGCCUAGUGGGUAAAUAAAGCAGAAGGAUCUUGGCAGCGGUGACAGGUUUUCAGGUUUUUUUUUCCUUCGGUUGUCGCAGUAGUAACAUAGCCGCAAGUGAAAAAGGUAAAACCUUGGAAGUUUCUUAAUUUAUACCGGGGGCUCAGAAAAGUAGAUGACAGUCUUGCAAGUGAGAAUAGGCUUGCUGACUCUUUUACAUUUGGUAUAUCUCUGCUUAUAUCUUUUCCUGAUUACACCCAGGACGCAGAAUGUUCUGGAAGAGUUCAAAGGCCAAAGGCCACUACUGGCCAGGUCAAAGACCGGCCAAUGAGGGGUACUGUACUACGAGGGGUUUUGUGGAUCUGUGAGUGAAGGAAUAAAACUUACUGUGCUAGUAGGGAGGUAAGUAAAGUGAAUUGAAACGCCUGCAGAAUAGUGAUGGUGAACGGUGUUUACAAGCAGCCCUCAGAAGACCCCAUCCUGAAUUUGAUUAAACCUGUUAAAUGUCUCUCUAUAUCAAAAUGCCUAGGUACACUGUGGAGGAUGCAAACACUGCCUGAGAACUACUGUAGCAGUAGCAGAUACGGCUGUAUCUUGCUUUUAAUCCGCAUUUCUGGGUUUGAUUCACCUGGUCCUAUCACAGUAUGCAACCAUUAAGAUGUGCUUACAAUGCCCUUAAAGGUCACAGGGCCUUUAUUUUCCAAAAAAAAAAAAAAAACAUAAUAAAAAAUGUAGAAGUAAUUAAAUCAAGUUUUUCUAUCAGUUAUAGGGUAAGGACAUGGAACACAGAUUUCAUUUUUCCUUGUAAGGAAUGUUUUGUCCAUAGAAAAAAUUAUUGAAAUUUGAUAUGAAAUCAGCAAUUUGUCAUAGACCGUUGGCAUUAUAAAUCAUAAACUGUGAACAGCUAUUUCCAAGUUCACCUUGAAGGCUGAUUUUGUUGUUUCAUGACUGGUAAACCAUAGCAUGGGAACAUUUACAGCUUCAGUCAGCCAAGAUGUGCUAUAACCAAUAUUUAUACUACAGUAAGCAUUUAAAAAUCCCUGACACUGCUUUGCACAAAAUGGAGCUUCUGAAAUAAAUCACUCCAUUGCAUUUCUGAUCUGUUGUACACUGUUUCGGUAAUUGCUUUUACAAUUUUAUUCCUUUUAAAUCCGUGGCUUAUCUCCACUGUAUGAAUUUAAUAUUGCCUGGUGCUUGUUGGAACAGUGUGGUUAUGAAAAAAAAAUUAUAUUUCCCAGAAGAUUUCACAGUCAAAGUGGUUGGUAGGCACAUUAUCUUACACCUAUUGGCAUUCACUUUAAAUCAUUUUUUCAGUUCUGUAAUUUCAUUCUGAACAUUUCUGGACUUUAUCAACACCUACGACAUCAUUGCUCUCUAUUUAGUUAUUGCACGUAUUUGGCUGUCUUGAUGAAUCCAUUUCUUUGCUCAUUUUAUCUCCCAUCACAAAAUCCAAGACAGACACUUCUGACACAUCUAGCAAAUUUAACAAAGGCAAAUUAAUCCAUGUAAAAUCAUUGUCAGGAAAUAAAAUUAAAGAUGGCUGAAAAACGGAAUUACGGGGCCACAAAAGCUUUUUCUCUUUGCUUCUUGAAUACCAAUAAUAUUUAUUCUGAUUGUGGUUUUUAUACACAUAGUAUAUGUUAAUAUGUAAAACAGGAACAUCAACUAUUUGUACAUAAUGUUAAAUAAUCAAUGAAAUGUCCAACCCAUUGCCAAAAUCCUGACUUUUACCGAUAUCCAUGUCAUAAAUCUCUAAGGUAGUUUUAAGAAUGUAUUUCUAUAAGUAGCACUUGCACCUGCUAUUUUUAUGUUAACCCAGUGUUAUUAUGUUGAAGUAAGAUAAUUAAAAUCCCUUCUGGAUAGUGAGGUUGGAUGGAUAAUUCUGCCAGUACAGGUUGCCUGUCACCUGCGGGGGUAUCCAGUGAAGCCCUACUUCUCGAAAGUUAGCUCGUUAGCAUCCAGAAAAUGCCAGCACUUCUGUUCUCCGUCUUCACCCACCUCUGCUUCAUCCACCUCUGCUUCAACUUCUUACCCUUAAAUCAUUAAUGUAAACAAAGACAGCAAAUCUAAUGGCCACCCUUUUCCCCCAGCAUUCUGACCCACACCAGAUUAUAAUUGCCCUUUCUCGUCCUGUUCGUGGUAGCAUUCUCUUUCAAAGACAAACAGCUUUUGGCAAUGAUUUGCUAACCCCCUCAUGUUCUUGCCUGAAGAUGAGGCUCUGUGGCUUGUCUUUAAUAUGGGAGAUGUUUACGUCAAUGCUGAGGCUUGAGACAUGUUCUUGAACUUUUAUACAAGCAGGAGCUCAUUAGAAUGGUCACAAAGUACUCUUGGCUUGCUCUUUUUUUUUCUUUUUUUUCCUUCUUCCUGAGUUGUAUCUAUUCAUUUGUCCUCCACAUUUUAUUUGGAGCGGACAUACAUCAAGUCAUAUAUAUUUUUUAAUAAUAGCAAUGAAGUGAUUGGGAUUGCUCUCAUUUUGACAAAAACAAAUAUUUAAUUUUGGAUAGUGCAUUACUGCAUGUAGUUAGCUUUUGAAAUAAUUAAUUUAAACUGAGCAUUCACAAAUGGCAGUGAUAAUUAGACCUCUCCUGUGUUCAAAGUAAAUGCAUGCCUUUACAAAUGUUAUCAGUAGCCACUGUUCACUUAUUUGCUUGUGUAUAUGAAUAUGGCCCUCGGUGAUUAUGGUCUGUAUACUUUCCAUGAUGGCGGUGACACAAACCACAGUCAAAGAAAGUUUAGGUUAGAAAACAGAAAAAGUGCCUCUUUGUUCCAGAAGAGCUACUGAAAGUUAUUUUUAAGGCAAAGUAUUAGAAUGUUAAUAGUAUGCAGUUGGAAUGACUUCUGUGCUCUGUCCAAAAUCACGUUAGAUCAUGAUGUUCUCAGUUUCUCGGUGGAACUCAUUUCGAAUGCAUUUUUUUUGUACCGUACUCCCUUUACCACAACAUCCCAGCUUCUAACACACGAUUAGAUGCUCUAUCGUCAGGGUAUUUUUGAACCUGGUACAAUAUCAUUUCACCCAUCUCACCCAUCCUUGGUCAUUUCAAGCAUGCCUAACACAAAGGGAACAGAAAGGGAGGGACGGUUAGGAUUGCAGAUUCUGUCUAAAGCAGGGUUGUCCGAGCUUAUCCAAAAAGGAGUGAUGUGGGUGCAGGUUUUUAUUUGAUCCCAGAACUAAGACAACUGAUUCUACUUAUCAAUUUUUUGACUUACAAGUUAAUUAGUUGAUUCUGAUGUAUUGCUGGAAUGAAACAAAAACCUGCACCCAGAACAGAUAAGACUGGACACCCCUGGUCUGAAGUGAGCCAGUGAACACAAACAGUGGAGAAAUAAAUGGCUGAUCACUGUAUCAAACAGAAAAUGAAUACAGCAUAUAUUUUGAAUGUAUUUUAGUAUCACCAAAAAGAGCAGCAUCUAUAUCUCGGUCUGUGAAGUGAUUCUUUCCCCCAAAAUAGCCCCUUUACUGGACAAAAUCAGACCUUUUUCCCAGCUCAGCUCAACCCAUUGCCCAAGGUGCCUAGCACAAACAUAACAGAAAGACAAUGUCCCCUAUAUCUGAGAAUCAUAUAUUAAUAUAUUUUCAAUGUAUAUUACAAAUUUUGAAUAUAUUUAAAGAUAUAUAUUUCAUAAGUUCAAAGUUUAUUUAAAGUAUAUACAUAAAGGAUCUUUACAUACAUACAUACAGUAAAUAUAUACCCAUCAUGAUCACGUUUGGUUGCUUUUUCUUGUAAUUGCUGAACAAUUUAUUUUACACAGAUAUUCUUUCUUAGCCCGAAUAAUGUUAGCUGUACCUUUGACUGACAAGGUGAAAACAAUCUGUCUAAAACGAUCUGUGUAGCCUACAUAAGAAUUGUUAUAAUCCAAAGCCUUGAGAGCAUAGAGUUCAACUUCUCAGGCAACUGUCUCCUUCCUAGCAUAGUUUGCUGUCUACCAAAAGGGUUUGCCGUAAAUUAAUAUGAAAAGACGGAUCUUAUGGAUCGUGACUAGAGAGACGAAGCCGGGGAGAAGUGACCCGUGGACACAGUUGAAAUAUCCAAGAGGAGAACAAAAAUCUUUUUUUUGUUGUUGUUUUUGUUUUGUACAGAGAUAUAUUUUUAUGAAAAUAAAUUUGUAAUAUAAAAGGGGGGAAGGAUUGACAGAUAUGUAAAUGUUUUUCAUUAUUGUAGUACAAAUGCUAGUGGAUAAAUAAAAAUAAAAGAUAAAAAUAAAAAGGUUUUUUUUUUUUUGUAAAUGUAAUAAAGAUUGUAUAUACAAGUUUACAUACUUAAUGUAAAUAUGUAAUACCCGACAUGGCUUGUCUGCAAUAUAUAAAAUGUAUUUUAUCCGUCUGUAUAUGAUGCUUUGCAUUGUGUCUAAGCUUAUUCUACUUUCUUGAACUUGAAACCUAUU